GCGCAGGACGCGGCCAUGUAAGGCAGCGCCAAGGGAGGAGGAGGAGGAGCCCGGCUCUAGUGUCCUCCUGCUGCUGCCCAGGCGCCUUGGGAGGGAGGCCAAGGGAGCCCCCUUCGCCAAGGCCAGGCGGGGAGAGGGAGAGGGAGAGGGAGGAGGAGCCCUUCGGCUGCUUGAAGGCGAGGGCUGCCGCCACUGACGACGCCUCCUCCUCCUGGGCUCCCUCGCCUUUGCCAAUUGGGACGGUGAGGCUGACUGAGGCUUUUCCCCAACGACGCAGCGCUGAGGACAAUGGCAGACAAUACAAGCAAGUCUUCUAAGCAAAUGAACAAAGCAUUUCCAAAGUCCUCUGCAGAUUCUGCAAAAGAAAAAUCAGCCAAAAGGUUAUCUUGUGACUCGAACAGCUCCCAUGAAGGGGCCAGUUGUCAAGAGCUAAGUGCUCUUGAAGAGGCUUUCCGGAAAUUUGCCAUCCAUGGGGACACAAGGGCUACAGGAAAAGAGAUGCAUGGGAAAAACUGGUCCAAGUUGUGCAAGGACUGCCAUGUGAUUGACAGCAAGAAUGUGACCCUUACAGAUGUUGACAUUGUCUUCAGCAAAAUCAAGGGGAAAUCCAGGACAAUUACUUUUGACCAGUUUAAGGAAGCACUUCAGGAGCUCUCCAAAAAACGGUUCAAAGAUAAAAGCAACGAAGAAGCAGUGGAGGAAAUGUACAAGCUAAUUGAAGGGAAAGCACCAGUCAUAUCAGGAGUCACGAAAGCAAUUUCAUCUCCGACCGUCUCACGGCUUACAGACACAACACGUUUCACUGGUUCCCAUAAAGAGAGAUUUGAUCCAACUGGGAAAGGCAAAGGCAAAGCAGGGCGCGAAGAUCUGGUUGACACGUCUGGUUAUGUGUCUGGGUACAAGCAUGCUGGCACAUACAAUCAGAAAGUUCAAGGAAACAAAUAAGCUUGGAGAUUGACUGAGAAUUACCUGUAAGGGUGAGCUAGAUGAGCCUCACUUCUUUUCAUUCACUGUAAAUGCCUGAAAAACUCAGCUGAUGAUCUGUGUUUGUGAGAUCAGAAACAAGUUUGACAUCUACUGAGACUCUGACAGCGAUGCCCCACUUCAUUACAUUCCUCAUGCUUUGUGGCAAUGAAAAGGAAGAAGCAAAGUGUUUAAGUGUUUAAAUAAGAAACCAGACCCAAGGGCUCUCUCUCACCAUACCUUGUCCAUACUGGUAGCAAAUUACAAACAUUCCUCUCUGUCUAGUUUUCUGUCCUGUUUCUUUGACAGUAGUAGCAACCCUUGUCCCGUUAGAAUGGAUGCUUUACAGUGAAACUAUCUGUGUUGAUAGCUUUUCUAAGAAGCUAAAUUUACCGAGUUGCUAAAUCUGAUUAUUUAUUACUGAACAAUGUCUUAAUAGGAAAUAACUGCUACUGAAAGAUAAAAAUUCAACCUUUAAUGAAAGGGAGUAAAAUUUGUGUUUACUUUUUUUCCUUUCUCUUCCCUUCCUUCCUUCCUUCCUUCCUUCCUUCCUUCCUUCCCUCCUUCCCUCCCCCCUCCUUUUUGGUAAAAGGUGCUAUCACGGAAAAACAAUUGUAUUUAUUCCUCUCCAUUUGUGAGCAAGAGCAAGAAUAAUUCAGUAUUUUAAAUGAUGUAUUUUCCAUUUAAUAGGUAUUAAUAGGGAAUGGAACCCUCAACUCAUGCUUGCUUUUGGAAAAAGAUUACAACCCUCAUUCCUCUCUGCCUCCCAGAUCUCCGAAAGAACCUUUUGUUUUUUGUUUUUGUAAAGCAUGUGACAUUUAAAUACUAACACAAGGAGCUACUGAGAAGACUUUAGUUAUAACGUUAAAUACAAUUGUUAGUCCCAGUUAGAGUAAACCCAUUGAAUUAAUGACAUUAAACUACAUGCUGAUUCAGCAUUCAAAAUUGAUUCAAUGGCUGUACCAUAUGUGGGACCAAACAGGAUUCUGGCCUUUACUAAAUGUGGAUUGCCUCAAACUGGAAGUCAAAAGAGCAUUUAUGAUUAUGUAUUCUUCACUGUCAUUUUUGUAAGUGUCACAACUUAGACAUUCAGAGUCUCAUACAUAGUUGGACACUUAUCAGAUAUUUGUAUGAAAGGUGGCAGUUCAACCCUUCACAAAGGAUUGACUUGCAUUAAAAUGAUAUCUGUUUGGGCCAUUUUCUUCAACAACAUUUAUAUUCAUAAUAUUGUUUAAAUAGCUUCAUUUUUCUUCCAUGGGCAAAAUAAAUUAAUGAAUUCAUUUGUGCUGUUAAUUCACUGUAUUGUAAAUUACACAUAAUUUCAUUUGUCUAAUUAUAUUGGUAGAAAACAAAAGUAGAGAAGAUCAAAUAUAGCACUAUUAUUUUUCAACUGAGCUAAUUCUCUAGCUUGUUCCAAUUAAAUGAAUGAAUGAAAUGUGACUUUAUUUAAGGGAGAAAAAAGAAAUAAUUUAUAUUGCCUAAAAAAGGAAAAUAUAGUCUAGUUUAUGAUGUUAUUUUGAUACUUUAGAUGUUUCUCACUGAAUAAAUACUACUCUGAAUAUAUUGAGUUUAUAAUCAGUAAAAUAAUGGCUCUAGUUUUUAUAUGGAUGUUUACCAGCAGUUGAGCACUCAGCUUUUUUUUUCUUGGAUAAGAAUUCAGCAAUUCACCCAUUUUCUUCAGCAGUUUCUUUUUGGAAAGAGAUGCACUAAGUUUACUGCCGUUUUUUAUAGCUAUUUCUUGAGCAGGUGUACACUGUACCAAUUUAUUUAUAUUAAUCACAAAUGUUUCUUCACGUAAGCUAACACCUUGAUAUUUACUCUUGUCCAGGGACUUGCCAUGUCUUAUUUGUAGCUGUUUUUACCCUAACUAUUAAGGAAAGCUUUUCAGCUAACUUAAAAGUGAAUCCAAAAUAAAAAUGUUAAGUGUUACUUUUAUAAGCUUAGAAACUUUACUUUUUAAAAAAGUGUCAGGAUUGAGAAAAGGAAGGUUUCCAAGAAUCUGGCAUGUUUUCUCGAGGUUUAGGGUUUGGUGAGUACCAGAAAAGAUCUUAGUGUUGUAUCAGGACUGUUGAUCCAUUUAUGUUGUUGAUUUCUGCUCCUCUGCUUUAUUCAAAGAAUACCAGUCCCUCAUGUUUUUUCAUAGCCAAUUUUCAAGGUGCAUGUCAGCCAUGUUAGAGAUCAGUCAUAGUUCUUUGGUGUGGACUAAUAAAACAUGUGUAUCAUAAUACUUUGGAAAUUAGUCUUUCUGAAGUUUAGCAAAAUGUGUAGGGAAACACUGCUGGUGUGCUACUCAGAAACCUCACAACAGCACCAGAUUGAAAUAUGAUUUCCACCUUCAUAUAACUUUAUAAAUGUGGAAGUUCCACUAGUUCCACUAUUAUUGUACAGAGAGAUAAGUACAUUGCAAAAACAUUUGGAGCGGGCCUCAUUUGUUUAUCCAGUCUUCCAAGUUCCAUUGUCUUCUGAGGUAUGGAGAACAUGUUUUUUUUGUCGGAUAUUGUGAGCUAUUUGCUUGAGUUAAUUAUUUGUAAGUGCUGUUUGAAAAAUAGAAAGAGGAGCAUAUUGUAAGGAAACUGUUAUUGUUGUCACCAUAUUUUGGUCUAGUCUGGGUAUUGACAGAAACUUGUGAUACCACCGUGCUCCUCAGUGGUAUUGAGAGUGUAUUCUAUAACUCAGAACACUUUCUAGAGUCAUUGUUAUAAUUCCCCUUUUAAAUGAUCAGUCCGUAUUUGACAGCCUUCAUUAAAAUACUUUAAAAGAAACAGAAACACUACCUCUCUAAACAAUGACAUAGUUGCGAAAGCAAGCAUUUUUGCCAGAUCUUCUUCUCUGAAAAGUCCCAGUGAUAGUGACAAGAGGACAUGUGCUCUUCUAGGAUCCCCAUUUCUCUUUCCUAUCCCCAACUCCACUUGCCCCUUGUUCCACAACUCUAGGCCUUCUCUGUCCCUAGCAUACAGAAGUCUGUAUCUAGGAGCAUGCUGUACUUCUGGAGAAGCAGACUCCCUCAAAAGGAGAGGGGAAAUGUGAAAAUGUUCUUCAAAUGUGAAUAUGAUACAGAUCAGUAUCUAUAGAUUUUUUAAAAAAUGAUUUACAGUAUUAAUGUUUACAAUUUUCUUGCAGGUUGAAGAAAUCAUAUUAAGCACAAAAUAUUAUUGAUAUUUAAUUGCAUGAAACAUAACUUGUGCCAGGGUGUAGCCUUCUUUCUUAAAAAGCAAGAAGAAAAAACAUGUCUUACAUAAAAUCCUCAUUGCGCAUACUGACGGCUGCCCUGUAUAUAGGCAUUGCUAAUUAUUCACUGUAACCUGGAAAAUAUACCAUGUGUCAAAAAUGCAGUGCAGUCCUACCCUAGAUCAACAAAUGGGGAGGUCUUAUGUAAUAAAUUGUAUAUAUGUUUGUGCUGAAGCACCACUGAGUUUUGGAUUGUGUCUGUUGGUAUUUUUAAUUAUAUAGUCAUAUAGUUUCUGAAGCCUAGCUCCUGUUGGAUUCUACAUUAAUUCCAGUGUGUACUGGGAUUGGUAUGCUGAUCACACAACUGCACUUCCUGAGUGUUUAGUUAACCUGAAAUGGCUAAGCAGAAGUCAACGAUGAUCAAAGUGGACAGUUGAAAAGGGAAAGCCUUGGCUGGUUGAGCAUGGCUAAGUAUAUAUUUACUGUGGAACUUGAAAUAGAAGGUGCUAUUACACUUUUGCACUGUGUGGUUUCAAGGGACACCUGGUUGGCAACAGAACAUUGGAUGAGAUAGGCAUUUGACCUGAGCCAAUAGAGCUGUUACUAUGGUUUAGAUCAGACUGGAAAUCAUACAGCCUACUAAAUGUCUUUAGACUAUAUGUCCCAGCAGCCCUAGUAAGCUUAGCCAGUGUUGAGAAUGCUAGGCAUUGUAGUCUAAUGUCUGGUGGGUCACAUUAUUUUCAUGCCUGGUUUAGGCAUAUGGACCUCCCUGGUACAAAGAGCUCACUCACAGCUUUCUAAUCUGAAGGUGACAAGUUCUCCAAGUUCUCACAUAGAAAAUGUCUUUUUCACCCCACUAUGGCUCAGAUAUUUUGUUGCUUGGAGGAGGAUCUCAUAGGGCAUUUAAAUUCCACAAGUACCCUUUCCUUGGAAGUAAAAAUACUACUACUAAUGCUACUACUACUACAUAGAAAUCAAAUGCUCUACCACUGAGCUGUGGUUUCUUAUAUGAAAAAAAGUGUUCAGCAAUGGGGCCUUUUCUGCAGCAACAAUUAUACAGCACUAAGAUUCCAUGUCCACUACAAUUAGUCUACAAUUGUACUUUAAUUGUCGUGGCAGCAUCCUGUGGAAUUCUGGGAUUGUCAGUUUAGGGAGGGUAUUUUGAAUUCUAUGCCAGAGAACUCCUCUACAGUUUCACCAAACCACAAAUUCCAGUAUUCCAUAAGAUGCAGCCAUGGCAGUUAAAGUGGAAUCAUAGUGCUACAGUUGUGUAGUGUGAAAGGGCUAAUGGCUCUGUUAGCCACCAAAUGAAAUAUCUCAGGCAUGAAUAUAUUAUUCCUUUCUCAAUUUCCAGUAAUGUUGGAGUACUCCUCUGUUUUCUGAGGGUACUGGCUGUGGGGCUAAGUUGUGUGGAUGCAAUGGUCAUGCAAUGUCUCCUCUGUUUAGGAGAAGGACAUAACGUGAGUAUGUGCACUCCCUAUAAGGUGUUUAUGACUCAGGUCUGGAAGAACUGAGAGUCACACUUUAAAGCUCUUGAAUGAAACUGCACAGGCACAAAAUAACCCAAUUGUGUGAGUUCACAGAUGACCACUCGAAGAGCUAUAGUUACGGGUAUGCAACCUUAUUUCUGUUUGUGCCUAAGUGCACAACAUAAUACAUAUGUAGUCAGAAAAGACGUAAAGGUGUGAGUCAUAUUUACUGUCGACCCUCUGAAUCCACAGAUUUUUUAUCCAAAGAUACAAGUCUCCACAGCUUGAAAAUAUUUUUUAAAAAAUUUAAAUUCCAAAAAGCAAACCCUGAUUUUGGCAUUUUAUAUAAGAGGCACCAUUUUACUAUGCCACUGUAUUUAAUGGGACUCGAACAUACACAAAUUUUGGUGUCCACAGGCAAUCUUGGAACCACACCUCAGCGGAAACAUGUAUAGACAUGUAUAUGCUUAUUGUGCUUCUGUUAGUACAGAAACAACUGAUUUGAACUUUGCAAUAAUGAGACAAGUAUAAGUAGUAGAGAUGGCUGUACAUGAUCCCUAAAAUGUGUUAGCCUUUGCAUGUGUGCCAAAUAUUUGCUGUUUUUCAUGUCUGGCUCAUAGUGCACACUUUUACUACUCAUUGAUGGUUACCGAGUAGUAAUAACCAGUAUUAAUCUGUGUCAAAGUUUGCAUGUAUGCGUACAACUCAUGUUACCUGUACGUGGGUGCUACUCCAAAACCAUAGGUAGAUAACUACCUGAGACAAAUGAUAGUCACAUGCAAGUGGCUUGCCUUCCUUAAGAUAUCAGGGAGCUUCUGCUUCUAUCGGCCAUUAAAUGGAGGUUCCAAAGAUUUGUGCAGGUGCCUGUAUCCCUUCUGUUUUCUGUCCUGAUGGUGAAGCAGAAGUGUAAGUAGAUAAGUGAGCCCAAAUUGAUUAGAGGUUAGUACUGCUAUUAUCGCAAGAUAAAUAACAUUUUGAGAGAAGGAGAGUAAAUCAUUAAUUGCUGGAUUCUAGCGAUUUGUACCAAAUGAAUCAUUAGCAAGAGUCCAGUUGUAUAAGAGAGCUUUCCCUCAUUCCAUCUUCCUAGUGUGGCUCCUUGCACCUUGUAAAAAUUACUUCUGAAGAUUGGAUGCCCCUUCUGAACAGCAUUUGAUGCAGGAGAUACAUUGACAUGACAAAAGUGGAGUGGGGGAACUCUUGGAUGUGUGUUCCAUAUGAAGUAGGCCCACUGGAUCCAUGUUUUGGCUUUCAUUUUUAUUAACCACAGUAUUUAGAAUUUCCCAGCCACAUGAUCAUACAAAUAUCCCCUCUCCUCUACUUUGUCUAAGCAUGUGUGCUUUCUAUCUUGACCCUACUAGUGAUGGGGUUCAUAGGGAUCCCUCAAGAGAAAGUUCAGUAUAUUUUAUGUUAAUGUUAUGUUAACCUCAGGAAAGACAAAAUCACAGGCAGUAUUAUUGGAGUUAAAUUUACGAUGCACUAGGGAACCAGUGAUACUUACAUUUAUUUUUCUUAGUCAUUGCAGUUUAGUAAGAAUCAGCCUUCUUACUUCCAGGAAGAUGCCCAAUGGGACUCACUCUCGAGUGCUUUUUGAAAUUGAAACUGAAACAGCUUUUCACAGUAAAAAUGCUUCUAAAAAUCAUUAUUAUACAUCAUAUGUGCAAGUUUCUUAAACGUUGCAUAAUUUAAAAUCUUAACAUUUUCUAAAAACAAAAAAUGGCAGAUCUGAAUCACUUAAAAUGUGUUCAUGUUAUCAUUUGCAAUUUUUUGACUGAACAGUUGCUUAUGCAUUCAAUAUUAGUUUUGUGUAGAUGUGAGAGUGAGAGACUGUAUUCAAGGCAUUUACCUAUAAGAGUCAAUAUGUGGAUUGCACAUCAAAAGUAGGAUGUCAUAGAUAUUCAGAGCAUCUUUAAAUGGAGGAAUAUACUAACAUCAGUCAGCAGUGGCAGGAUUUAGGCUUAUUUCUCUCACAUUUAAAAGUUGGCAUUCUUUGUUUUAGUAAAGUCCUAUGCAGUCAUUCCCAGACUUUGGUCUUCCAGGUGUUUUGGACUUCUUCUCCUAGGAGCCUCAGCCAUCAAUAGUUUGGGAUUCUGAGAGCUGAAGUCCAAAAACACCUGGAAGGCCAGAGUUUGGGAAUCACUGCUAUAAGGCAUACAGGGUUGUUGUUGUUUUCUAAUUACAGGCACCCAUAAAAUUGCAAAGCAUAUUCCUCUAGGAUAGGAUCUUGACUUAAUCCUACUGAUUUCACUGUUUCUACCCAAAGUAUGACUAGGGUUCAACCCAUUAGUCCCUGUGGCAUAUACUCUUGAUCCUCUAGCUCUAACAAUAUAAGGAGGCAAUGCAUUUGGGUAAAUUCUCAGAGAAGACAAUUUAGCUUCUUUAGCAGUUGUCUUCCAAGUAAGCAAAGUCCAUGGGCUACUGGAGAAAAGAAAGCAAAUGUCCAUGACCUUUCUAUGAUGUGUUGAGAAAAUUGAUUGAUUCAGAAACUGGCAUAGAAUUAUAAAGUUGCAUGAAAAAUACUAAUACAGUAAUUUGCUUUUAUGGCAUCCCUGUUACAGAAUUAUGAACAACAGGUUGUUUAAAUCACACUUGAUAUCAUGCAAAUAUGUCUUAAGUUGAAUUGUGAAAAUUGCUUGGCCUUUUCUCAUUGCUUCAGUUUGGUCAUCAGUGUGCGCUCAGAAAUCUUCCUUCUACUCACUGAUAGUCAGAAAUGCCUGCAUGCUUCUUGAUGACCUGUUUUUGAAGGAAGAUCCACCACUCGGUUGCACGUGUCAUUUUAUUAAAACUCUUGUAGGUACCAUUUCCUUGUCAGUUAUGCCUGUUUCCCAUGAAAGAGUGCAUGUAAUAAAAGGAAUUUGAAUUCAUAA